CCUUAAGCAGAAACCAAGAGGCAGCGAUUGACUAUCUGGCGAAGGAGAUGGAUAAGACGCAGACGAGAAGAACGAAGCGUAAGAUGAUCGCAGAGUGUAAGAGAAGAGUUGACGACGAUAAGACGUGCUCUUGAGGAGCAAAUAGAGCAGAGUAACUUAAUCAUAAGUUAAUUAAGAAAUAUGAACUUUACUAUAAUACGCUGGAAGACGAGGUUCUGGAAAAUCAAAACUUCAGCUUAUCUUCAUAGCUGCAAUGUUAUAAGACUCGGACUCAGGACUGCAAAGCGGUUAUUCCCAACUCAAGAAUGAAGAUCGGCGGAGCUGUUAUUACGCUGCUCUCUUGGUGCAUUGGGCUUGGUAAUGGACAGUCAGCUAUAUCAUUCCUGGAGCCGAACUGUGGCAUUUCGCUGACAGAAUCUCGUAAUGCAAGAACGAGGAUUGUUGGUGGUAAGGUGGCAGAUAUGUUCGGAAACCCAUGGAUGGCCCUGAUUAAAAGCGAUGUCAUGUGUGGGGGUACACUCAUCACAAGUAAAUUUGUGCUUACUGCUGCACAUUGCAAAAGCAACAGGCCCACUGUAGCAUACCUUGGAGAGUUUGAUACGACGACCGUCAUUGAUUGCUCUCCAAAGGAAUGCAUGCCAAAUGCCAUUGCAAUUUCUGUCGAUGCUCAAAUCACUCAUCCCAGCUUCGUGAAUUACCUGGAAAAUGACAUCGCGCUGUUUCGACUGGCCAGGAAGGUUCAGUACUCCGACUACGUCAAGCCAAUCUGUCUGCUGACCAACUACAACCCACUGCCCCAAAUCAGAUACCUAACUGCCACAGGAUGGGGUGUAACCGAGUACGGAGCAUUGAGCAGCGUUUUAAGGACCACCACCUUGACUCAAGUAGAUCGAUCGCGAUGCUCCGCCUUAUUUAGAAGGAUUGCAAUAUUGACAUGAAUUUCUGGGAAUUCAAUGUCUGUGUCAGCUCCUCCUUAUCGUCAACGACGGGAAGGCAAGUGCAUAAAAGCCCAGACUCCGCUU